GAUUGCGCUUGCGUAGCAGGACGUGGCAGCGGCAUCAUGGCUUCUUGGAACCGACACGGGAGACGUAGGAGACUGGUCGAAAUGUUCAUAUUCCUGUCAUUGGUUGCAGUGACGUCCGCCCUACAGGCAGUGAAGGUUUCUCCACUCAUAGAAAAAGUCAAUGACCAUAAGGAUUUCAAGAAACUUCUUAGGACCAGAACUAAUGUUCUUGUUUUAUACACCAAGUCAGCCUCAUCUGGAGAUGCUCAUCUAAAGCUGCUGUCUGAUGUGGCUCAGGCUGUGAAAGGUCAAGGGACCAUCGCUUGGGUGAAUUGUGGGGAUUCAGAAGGCCGCAAACUCUGUAAAAAAGUCAAGGUAGACCCCAGCUCGAAAACCAAAGGAGUUGAGCUCCUGCAUUACAAGGAUGGGACUUUCCACACAGAAUACAACAGACCAGCCACAAUUAAGUCCAUGGUGGCGUUUCUGAAAGACCCUGCAGGUGCCCCCCUGUGGGAGGAGAACCCUGAGGCCAAAGAUGUUGUUCACAUCGAGUCAGAGAAGGAUUUCCGAAAACUGCUAAAAAGAGAGGAGAGGCCAAUCCUCAUGAUGUUUUACGCCCCAUGGUGUGGAGUAUGUAAAAGGAUGCAGCCCAUUUUCCAACAAGCAGCCACAGAGACUAAAGGAAAAUAUGUGUUGGCUGGGAUGAACGUGCACCCGGCAGAGUUUGAUGGCGUCAAACAGGAGUUCAGCGUCAAGGGCUAUCCAACCUUCUGCUACUUUGAGAAGGGGAAGUUCUUGCAUCACUAUGAGAAUUAUGGAGCCACGUCCAAAGACAUCACUGAUUGGUUGAAAAACCCUCAGCCGCCACAACCUAAGACUCCAGAGGUGCCCUGGUCUGAGUCUGGCUCGGCGGUCUUCCAUCUGACCGAUGACUCUUUCGACUCAUUCCUGGAAGAACAUCCGUCAGCCCUGAUUAUGUUCUAUGCUCCAUGGUGUGGCCACUGUAAAAAGAUGAAGCCAGAGUAUGACGAUGCUGCUGAGACCCUCAACAAAGACCCAAAUAGUCCAGGUGUAUUGGCAGCGGUAGAUACUACCAUUCACAAGUCCACUGGCGAGCGUUUUAAGAUCUCAGGCUUCCCUACAGUAAAGUAUUUUGAAAAAGGAGAGGAAAAGUACACACUUCCUCAUCUCCGGAGCAAAGAUAAGAUCAUCGAGUGGCUGAAAAAUCCCCAGGCUCCACCUCCUCCAGAAAAGUCAUGGGAUGAGAUGCCGUCCAGCGUGAGCCACCUGGGAGCCGAAGAUUUCAGGGAAUCGCUGAAAAAGAAGAAACACGCCUUGGUCAUGUUUUAUGCUCCAUGGUGUCCGCACUGCAAGAAUGCCGUCCCUCAUUUCACCACAGCAGCAGAGAUGUUCAAAGAAGACCGUAAGAUUGCAUAUGCUGCAGUGGACUGCACAAAGGGACAGAAUCAUGAGUUGUGUAAACAGGAGGGAGUUGAAGGCUAUCCAACAUUCAACUACUACAACUAUGGAAAGUUCAGCGAAAAAUACAAUGGGGAAAGAGGGGAAGCUGGCUUUACUGGUUUCAUGAGGAAUCUCAGGGGCCGAGACCAAGAAAAAGUGGGCAAGCGGAAAGAGGAGCUCUAGUAGGGUGGGCGUGGUUCCUGACGGUGGGAGGAGCCUAUCAUUGCACUGUGACUUGGGCAGGGAAAUCCCAGCACUGACGCCACAGACUUGAAACCUCAGCUAAAAAGGCUAUUUUUUUAUACAGCUGUGCCCUUAUGUUUGUAAUACCAAUGUAACAUCAUCAGAACACUUAAGUUUAGCUUUUUGUUUAGUUUUUUUAUUUAAUUUUCCUCAGAUAUUUAGUGAAAUUGUUUUUCCAAAUACUGUGACUUCAGUUACUGAAAUCCACACGUGAAAUCUAUGCAACACUGGACCCUCACUCGCCAGGGUCCCGUACAUGUGAUGGGAGGCUGGUGUUUAAUGGGGAAAAGCAGUUAUCGCCAGGAAACAUCGCCAUCACUAUCAUUCCAGUGGGGAGGAAUAAUGUGUACAAUCGUAUCUGCAAAUAUUUUUUGUUAAAAAAAAAA